GCAAUUCGUCUCUCCCAAAAUCAAGAAAAGAAACAACCAAAACAAAUUCCCAAACCAGGAAAGGCAAGACAUACACCCCGAGUUACCUUUCCAAAGGCUUUCACCCAUGUGUGGUGUGUGGGGACGCCUCCACGGGAUUUCACUACAAAAAAAUGACUUGCGAGGGCUGCAAGGUAUCCCUCUACAUCAGUUUUCAGGGGUUCUUCCGACGGACAGUCCAAAAGCAGAUCGAAUAUAAGUGCAAGUACAACAACUCUUGCAAAAUCGAAAAGAACACUCGCAAUCAGUGUCAGGACUGCCGAUUCAAAAAAUGCAUCGACAGUGGCAUGGACCGAUGGCGUAGGUGUCCUUGCUUACUCUUAGUCGUACUCUCCGACAACCAGCGACUGGCCAAGCGACAGUUGAUUGAGAACAAUCGGGUCACCAAGAAAAACGGACAGUCCCGGACUCAGAACGAGACAGGCAUUCAAGAAAGCCAACAGGAAGAGAAAUAUAUGGCCAUGCUAAAGGAGUGCUACGAUAAGGAUCUUGCGCCUUUGAUGGGAGUGCCGAGGAGUCUCACAAUCAUCUGUAACCACGAAUUCAAGUUGUACAACACCGACAAGACCUUCACGUUCUGUACAGAAAACGACGACGAAAAGUGGCUAGAAAUUGUCAAGGCAAUCAGCAUGGGGACAAAUCACUUGUUCAAAUUUAUCACCAAAAUGACUUUGAUAAACAAGGUUAAUGGGUUAUGUAACGUCCAUUCAGUUCUCCCCUGA